ACAGUGGUAGCCAUUAGCAAACUUGGAGAAAUACUCAUAUUCAAGGAGAGCGUAGCCACCGGAUCUUUCUCGAUUGUUCCCAUUCUCUUCGUCACCCUAUUAAUCCUUGCAGUUGCAGGUAUUUGUUAUGCAAACCUGUUCACUCGUUCAAAACUGGCCGGAUUAACCACCGCGGUUGCAGAUUUUAGAUGGAAACUGGAGGCAAUUCCUUAGCAUCUGGGCCAGAUGGAGUGAAGAGAAAGGUGUACUACUUCUAUGACCCAGAGGUUGGAAAUUACUAUUAUGGACAAGGUCACCCAAUGAAGCCACACAGAAUUCGCAUGACACAUGCUCUGUUAGCCCACUAUGGUUUACUUCAAAACAUGCAUGUUGUAAAGCCUGUUCCAGCUAGAGACAAAGAUCUUUGUAGGUUUCAUGCUGAUGACUAUGUUUCUUUUCUAAGAGGCAUAACCCCAGAAACACAGCAAGAUCAAUUAAGACAACUAAAAAGGUUCAAUGUUGGUGAAGAUUGCCCUGUGUUUGAUGGUCUAUACUCCUUCUGUCAAACCUAUGCAGGUGGCUCUGUUGGAGGAGCAGUGAAGUUAAACCAUGAGUAUUGUGAUAUAGCAAUAAACUGGGCAGGUGGACUUCAUCAUGCUAAAAAAUGUGAAGCUUCUGGUUUUUGCUAUGUCAAUGACAUUGUCUUGUCAAUUCUUGAACUUCUGAAAGUGCACCAACGUGUGCUGUAUGUAGAUAUUGACAUUCAUCAUGGUGAUGGUGUAGAGGAAGCUUUUUACACUACUGAUAGAGUCAUGACUGUUUCUUUCCACAAAUUUGGUGAUUAUUUCCCGGGGACAGGGGAUAUAAGAGAUAUUGGGUAUUCAAAGGGAAAGUAUUACUCACUGAAUGUCCCUCUAGAUGAUGGAAUUGAUGAUGAAAGCUAUCAGUCGUUGUUUAAGCCAAUAAUUGGUAAAGUUAUGGAAGUGUUCAGACCUGGUGCUGUUGUGUUACAAUGUGGUGCAGAUUCUUUAUCAGGAGAUAGAUUGGGUUGUUUUAAUUUAUCAAUUAAAGGGCAUGCUGAGUGUGUGAAGUAUAUGAGAUCUUUCAAUGUGCCUUUAUUGUUACUUGGUGGUGGAGGGUAUACAAUACGCAAUGUUGCUAGAUGCUGGUGCUAUGAGACAGGAGUUGCACUUGGGGUUGAGUUAGAAGAUAAGAUGCCUCAACAUGAGUAUUAUGAGUACUUUGGUCCUGAUUAUACUCUUCAUGUAGCUCCAAGUAAUAUGGAAAAUAAGAACUCUCGCCAGCUGUUAGAUGAAAUUCGGUCAAAGCUUCUAGAUAAUCUCUCUAAACUACAGCAUGCGCCAAGUGUCCAGUUUCAAGAGCGCCCACCUGAUACAGAAUUCCCAGAGGCAGAUGAAGAUCAAGAGGAUGACGAUCGAAGAUCAGAUGAUUCUGAUGUUGAUGAAAACAACGAGGGAAAGCCUUUCAUUGGACGUGUGAAAAGGGAACUCCAUGAUAUUGAGUCCAAGGACAUGGAUGAUGUGAAAGAAGGUGAACGAGCUAAUAGAGAGAUGGAUGCUUCAUUUGCUGAAAUAUCCAUAAAGGGUUCAAAUUCAGUGUCAGCACCUGCAGAUGUGAAACAAGAACAAGGAAACUCAAACAAGCCGGAUCAGCCUUCUACUGCUGAGAUGAAUUUAUAGUGUAUGAUGAUAUGUCAAUGUCAUGUUUUUUACUUUAAUUUUUAUGAAUCUAUUUUAAAUUUGUGUUGAGGAUUGGUGUAUUAUGUUGUACAAAACUGACUGGAACAUGUGCACAAGGUUGUUUAGUUAAAAAGAUGAGUAGAUGAAAUUAAAUGACAAAUGUUUUAUUAUCA